GUCACUGAUCAGUAUUCUUGAAAACAUAUUUGAUAUACAACUAGCAGUAUAAAACAUAAACUCUUAACUAUAAGUUUAUCAUGUCAUCUUGGGCAAAUUGAUACAGUGCUACACAACGGAUUGUUGUUUUGAAUGUUAGUUUCGGUGAACAUGACAAUUAUAUAAUACAAAUUACUAUAAAAAACACAUUUCAUAGUUGGGUCACAUUUUACGGAAACAAACAAGUGGGAUUUUUUUAGCGGAAACUUUAAAAGUACAUGUAGAUAAAUUCAAACGUUAUUGCGAAGACUUGGGCAUAUAGAAAAAUGAAGUCUAUAAACGUGUUCACUUUUCUUGGAGUGAUAGUAUGUGGGUCUGUGCUCGCCCUUGUGUCAGCUGCAACAACAGCCGAUACAACGAUGGAUGGUGAAAUAACAGAAGUAUCAACACCAGAAUUUUCAGCCACUUAUACCGAUUUUGAGCCAUACUAUUGUACGGUUGGAACUUGCAGUGGAACAGACAACAGCUGUCUCAAGACAUUAGAAUCAACAUGUAAAAUAACAGAUGACGCCAAUGGAUGCCAAGUUACACUCCUCAACGGUACAGUCACAGCAGAAUGUACAUCCACUCCUUGUACGGAAACAGGCAGCACUACCACACAAUGUUGUAAGGGCGCUGGCUGUGCUGACAAACUGUUCUCGUCACCACAUGCUACCGGAAACAGUCUACACGCCUGCCUAGCAAUGCUCAUAACAUUGGCAUCCGUUGUCACAGCAAUGAUCAAAUGAUUUGCAAUGUCCAGCGAAUUUAAUACAGGUGUAUGACAUGAUAGGGGUUGAUAGAACAUUAUUUCGAUAGUUCAAUGUUUAUUUACUAAAAAAUGUAUGCAAUUAUCAAAUAUCUGACUCGCUUGUAAAGAAAACCUGGCCAGCUAUUUGAAGGUCCAUUCUUCACAGAAUGUAAACUUUUUGAUUUUAGCUAGGCCUUUUGUUUUCCAUUUGCUAUUAUUUAUAAGUUGUUUAAGUUGCUUUCAUAAUCAACGUUUGGAAAAAAUAAUUAAACGAGUUUUGAAGUGCG